CUUUUGCCUCUUAUAUUUGCUUCAAAUUUCUUUUAAACUUUCUUUUGAUGGAUUUCAUUUUGUCUGUGUUUUUUUUUUAUGUCCCUGUACGGCACCUUGAAUCUGUGUAUGAAAUGUGCUUUAUAAAUAAAAACAGCUCGCCUUGCCUCAAUGCACAUUCACAUGGUAUUCAUACACAACACUGUUCCUAACAUGUGUUGCAGUGCAGACAGACAGAUGUGUUAAUGAUUUGCUGAAGAUUAAAAUAUAAAUCCUUGAAAUAUGGGACAUUUUGUUUGCAAACAGUAGAAAACCACAGACUUGUAUACUAUAUGAAUUCUACUUAUAUUUUUUUUAAGUGAUGUUAAAAUAUUUAACAAGUAGUUUGUUGCUGUGCAAAGAUUCAAGGCCUUUUUAAGUUAAGGCAGAACUAUAGGUCAGCGACGCCAAGCUUCCACUCGGAGGUAUUUUGCAGUAGCACCUUUUCAAAAUGGCUUCCACGGAGCGACCGGUCUGUCAGAUCUUCUCGUUCCAGGACUUCAAAACGUCUCCGGACCCGACGCUCGAGCUCCCCGCCCAAGGCCUGACCCCCACACCGGUCCCGAUAGUGAUAGAUAACGGCUCCUUCCAGACCCGGGCCGGCUGGGCCACGGCGGCGGGGGAGCUGGACUCCCCGCGGCUGCUCUUCAGGUCCGUGGCGGCGCGCAGCAGAGGAGCCGCGCGCAGCGAGACCCAGAUCGGCAACGACAUCCCGAACCUGGAGCCUCUGCGGUGGCUGCUGAAGAGCCAGUUCGACCGCAACGUGGUGGUCAACUUCGAGAUCCAGGAGCUCAUCUUCGACCAUGUGUUCUCACGUCUGGGCAUCAGCUCUGAGGCCGGUGUGGAACAUCCCGUUGUGCUCACAGAGGCCCCCUGUAACCCGUUGCACUGUCGGCAGAUGAUGUCAGAGCUGCUGUUCGAGUGCUACCGCGUCCCGCACGUCUCCUAUGGCGUGGACGGCUUGUACAGUUUCUACCACAGUAACGCCCACAGUGGCGUCCAUCCAGCCCACACUGGCAUCGUUCUGUCCUCGGGAUACCACUGCUCUCACAUCCUGCCGAUCAUCAACGGCAGGUUGGAUGCGGUGAAUUGUAAGCGUGUGAAUGUGGCUGGGAGCCAGGCAGCAUCAUACCUGCAGCGCCUCCUCCAUCUGAAAUACCCAGGUCACCUCGCCGCCAUCACACUCAGCCGCAUGGAAGAACUGCUGCAUGAACACAGUUACACGGCCGUGGAUUAUCAUGAAGAGCUGGAAAAGUGGCGCAGCCCCGCGUUUUAUGAGCGGGAGGUGCACCGGAUGCAACUCCCCUUCUCGGGUAAGGUGCCCGGUGGAUGUGUGAGCGUGGAGGAGAGGCAGGAGAGACGAGCUCAACAGCUUCGACGGCUUCAGGAGAUCAAUGCUCGCCGCCGGGAAGAGAAGCUGCAGCAGGACCAAGAGAGGCUGGACAGACUGAUGGCAGUACAGGAGCUGCUGGACGACGGCCUGUUGGAUCAUUUUCACAAGCGCCUGGUGGAGCUCAACAUGGACUCAGCUGAGGAGCUGCAGUCGUACAUCAACAAACUGCAGCUGGCCGUGGAGCAGAGCAGACAGAAGCUGCUGCAUAGUGACGGAGCAGAGGGGAAAAUCGAGGUGUCUGAGCUGGAGCAGCCGAUGGACGAGGGAGACGGAGUGGCACUGAUGGAUCCUGACUUUCCCGAGGACACGCUGCCAGAAAAACCUGCUAAUGUGGUUCAGCCCAUGUUCAGCGUGGCGGAGUACCAUCAGCUGUUUGUGGGGACGGAGCGUCUGCGGUGCCCAGAGAUAAUGUUCCAGCCUUCGCUGACCGGAGAGGACCAGAUGGGACUGAUGGAGACGCUGCAGUACGUCCUGGCCAGGUAUACUCCAGAGCAGCAGGAGGCGCUGGUGAGCAAUGUGUUUCUGACAGGUGGGAACAUGCAGUACCCAGGGAUGAAGGAGCGAGUAGAGCGAGAACUGCUGGCGAUGAGACCCUUCCAGUCACAGUUCAAGGUGACCAUGGCGUCGCAGCCGGCCCUGGGCGCCUGGUAUGGGGCAAGAGACUGGGCCUUGGAGCAUCCACCUGGAGCAGGAGCUGCAGAGGGAUGGAUCAGCAGACAGGAGUACGAGGAGAAAGGAGGCGAGUAUCUGAGCGAGCACUGUGCCUCCAACGUCUUCGUUCCCAUGAAGAUCGUCAAGCCGCUUCCCGCUCGCCCCGCCGAGCCCUCCAUGACCACGGCAGUUUCAACAGGAGCUUCUACCACUGUCUCCACGCUUACGCCUGCCCUGGCUCCCUUCUGUUCUACCGUUGCUGCUGAUGUUUCUAUGGUUACCUCAUAAACUGAGAUCUCUUAUAUAAGGAGUCUUAUUUCAGAAUCAAGUACAAUAAGACUUUAGUCCUUGAGUCUGAAGAAAUGAAGAUCCAUCCAUCCAUCUAUUAUCUAUACAGCUUUUCCUGUAAGGGUUGAAGGGGGCCGCUGGAGGAAAUCCCAGCUGACACUGGGUGAGAGGUGGGAUACAACCUGGACCCGCAUUGUCCCAACAUACAGAGACAAACCAUCAUGCUCACCUUCACAUCUAUGGGCAGUUUAGAGUCUUGAAUGAACCAACACCAAAUCUGUCUUUGUACUGAGGAAGAGUACAAAGUAAUAUCAGCUGGUAUUUAACCCUCCUCCCCCCACGACCCUCGAAGGAUAAUUGGUAUAGAUAAUGGAUAAAUAGAUGGAUAAAACAAUAUGAGGUCAGAAAAAUAAGGGGCGGCCACACACUUCCUGUGUGCUGUGGGUCUGCAGUGUGACCGCACCUCUUCCACCAGUCUAUUUUUCUCCAGAUACUUUUUUAACUUUGUGAAUGGACCAGUUGUGGGUACAGCUUUCUUUUAUUUUCAUUAUGUUGUUGAAAACCACAAGAGACUGUUCAUAUUGAAUGGCCAUCGAAUGAUCUUUAAAGGUCCCAUUAGGAAUAUAUGUGUUUUGUAUACUGUAAAUAGAAUUUGUUUGUGUUUUCAUAAAAAAAAUGGAUUUUCACUCAUGGAAAAA